GAGGAGCGGGCUCUUGGAAGGGAAGGAUAAAGACAAGAGGGGAAGAGAGAGAUAUAGUUUGAGUGGAACAGAGAGAGGGCGGGAGAUACAGCACAGCAGCUGUAAAAAGGAGAGAAAAUCCCGGCGCAGCCUCUGCAAGCAUCAUUUCUCACAUCGGAUUUUAUCUGUUCUCGUCGCAACCAAUUUACGCCAAGAUAUGAGUUUCACCCACUGAAGUUACUUCAUGUUGAACUGACCGUGGUCCAGUGCUGUCCUCAGCCCUCCACUGUGCCGCCUCCUCCCAGUUCAGAGCCCUUCCGUCUGUCCGGUGUAAGCAGCUAUGACUAAGUCCUAUGAGUUUAACUGGCAGAAGCACCUGCCUGGCUUCAUGCAGGAAGGAGCCUCAUUCGACAGGUUUGACGAGGACCCAUUUCUGUUUGAGCCCAACUGUCUGGUAAAAGUGGACGAGUUUGGCUUCUUCAUCACGUGGAAGAGCGACGGAAAGGAGGGCCAGGUUCUAGAAUGUUCUCUGAUCAACAGUAUUCGAGUCGGAGCCGUUCCAAGGGACCCUAAGAUCCUGUCGUUGUUUGAGGCAGCGGGGAAGAAGGAGGAGGAGCUGGAGGGAUGUGUCAUCUGUGUUUGCAGCGGCACCGACCUCGUCAACCUGUCCUUCAUGUACAUGGUGGCUGACAGCCCAGACACUGCUAGGAAGUGGACAGAGGGUUUGAGGUCAGUGAUCCACAACUUCAGAGCCAAUAACGUCUGUCCUAUGACCUGCCUCAAGAAACAUUGGAUGAGGAUGUGCUUUCUGACCAAUGUGAACGGCAAGAUCCCAGUGAGAACCAUCACACGGACGUUUGCAUCUGGGAAAACAGAGAAAGGAAUCUUUCAGGCUCUGAAGGAACUGGGUCUGCCUAGUGGAAAGAGCGAGGAGAUAGAAGACUCAGCCUUCCCCUUUGACAUCUUCUAUGCCCUGACUCAGAAGAUCUGCCCUCGUACUGACAUCCAGGAACUCUUCAACAAAAUCAAUGGGGACAAAAGUGAUUUUUUAAACGUAGACCAGUUAGUCAGCUUUCUGAAUGAAAAUCAGCGCGACCCGCGGCUAAACGAGAUCCUGUUCCCCUUCUACGACCCGAAACGAGCCAUGCAGAUCAUCGAGAAGUACGAGAGAGACCCAGACCUCAAGAAGAAAGGCCGUAUGUCCAGCGAUGGCUUCUGCAGGUACCUGAUGUCAGAUGAGAAUGCCCCGGUGUUCCUGGACUGUCUGGAGCUGUACCAGGACAUGGAACAGCCGCUGGCCCACUACUUCAUCGCCUCCUCCCACAACACCUACCUGACCGGGAGGCAGUUUGGAGGAAAGUCCUCUGUGGAGAUGUACAGACAGGUUCUGCUCUCCGGCUGCAGGUGUGUAGAACUGGACUGCUGGGAUGGAAAAGGAGAAGACCAGGAGCCUAUCAUCACUCAUGGCAAGGCCAUGUGUACUGACAUCCUCUUUAAGGAUGUGAUCUCAGCCAUCAGAGAAACAGCCUUUGUGACAUCUGAGUAUCCUGUGAUCCUGUCAUUUGAAAACCACUGCAGUAAACCCCAGCAGUACAAGAUGGCUCGGUACUGUGAGGAGAUCUUUGGAGACUACCUACUGAGGCAUCCUCUCGAGGGAUACACUGUUGAAGCGGGUCGUCCCUUGCCUUCUCCCAUCGACCUCAAACGCAAAAUCCUCAUCAAAAACAAACGCUUGAAACCUGAGGUGGAACAGAAGCAGUUAGAGUCCUUUAAGAAGCACAUGGAGGCUGGAGAGACCAACACACCAGCUAUCUUACUGGGAGCAGAGACAGAGGAAGAUGUGGAGAAUGCUCUAGGUGAUGUGAAGGAGGUGAACCCUGACUUGAAGAUCAGUACAUCAGAGGAGCCUAGUGAAGACAACAGCCUCAGCACCAGUGUCAGUGUGAAGAAAGAAGGAGAGGAGAGGGACAACAGCAUCAAAAAGGUUGUGGAGGAGGAUCCAACAGAGAUGUCUGAGGCCACAGAAGCUACAGACACCACAGACAUCUCAGAGGCUUCUGAGGAUAACAACAUCAAGAAGACUGGCGAGACGACGGAUGACGAGGAGGCUCUGAUAGCCUCGUACACAUAUGUAGGAGCCACCACCAACAUCCACCCCUACCUCUCUGCCAUGGUCAACUACGCACAGCCAGUCAAGUUCCAGAGCUUCGACGUCGCAGAAGAGAGGAACAUCCACCACAACAUGUCGUCAUUUAAUGAGUCAGUGGGUCUGGGUUAUCUAAAGACCAACGCCAUCGAGUUUGUCAACUACAACAAGCGUCAGAUGAGUCGGAUCUAUCCUAAAGGAGGCAGGGUGGACUCCAGUAAUUACAUGCCUCAGAUCUUCUGGAACGCAGGCUGCCAGAUGGUCUCCCUUAACUACCAGACCCCAGAUCUGGCCAUGCAGUUGAACCAGGGAAAGUAUGAGUACAACGGAUCCUGUGGGUAUCUGUUGAAGCCAGACUUCAUGCGUCGCUCAGACAGGAUGUUUGACCCCUUCUCAGAGACACCUGUGGACGGGGUUAUUGCUGCUACCUGCAGUGUACAGGUGUUUUCUGGUCAGUUCCUGUCUGAUAAGAAGAUUGGGACCUACGUAGAGGUGGACAUGUAUGGGUUGCCCACGGAUACCAUCCGCAAAGAGUUCCGCACCCGCAUGGUGAUGAACAACGGCCUGAACCCCGCCUACAACGAAGAACCUUUCGUCUUCAGGAAGGUGAUUCUGCCAGACCUGGCUGUGCUGCGUCUAGCUGUGUAUGAUGACAAUAAUAAGCUGAUAGGUCAGAGGAUUCUACCAUUGGAGGGUCUACAGGCAGGAUACAGACACAUCUCUUUACGCAACGAAGGGAACAAGCCUCUGUCUUUACCCACCGUUUUCUGUAACAUAGUACUUAAGACCUACGUACCCGAAGGCUUCGGAGCCAUUGUGGACGCCCUGUCAGACCCCAAAAAGUUCCUGUCCAUAGCAGAGAAAAGAGCGGACCAGAUGAGAGCUCUGGGGAUUGAAACGAGCGACAUAGCAGAUGUGCCAAAUGAGAGUUCGAAGAACGACAAGAAAGGGAAGGUAAACGCCAACGUGAAGACCAACUUGACGCCACAGAUCAGCUCAGACCCGGCUCAGUCUUCUACUUCUGCCCAGAACAACACCACUGACACCAAGAAGGAUAUAAAUGCACUGGUGCCUCAUGUGAAUAUUGAUGACUUGAAACAGAUGAAGACGUACCUUAAACUGAUUAAAAAGCAGCAGAAAGAGCUGAACUUUUUAAAGAAGAAACACGCAAAGGACCGCACCAUCAUGCAGAAGUGCCACUGCACCCAGGUGGACAAGAUGAUUUCUCAGCACGACAAGGAGAAGCUGACACAGGACAAACUGCUGGAGAAGGCCAUCAAGAAACGAGGAGAAAACAACUGCCUGGAGUUGAAGAAGGAGACUGAGAGUAAUGUGGAGAAACUGAACACUGACCACAAAGCUAAGGUGAAGGACAUUACAGCCCAGCACACUAAGGAGUGGUCAGAGAUGAUCAACUCCCACAGCAGUGUAGAGCAGGAUAUGAAGGACAUCCACGUGGUCCAGCAGUGUGAACAGCUCAAGAAACUACUGAGUGGAGUCCAGGAACAACAGACUCUUUCGCUCAAAUUGAUUCACGAACGGCAGAGCAAGGAGAUGCGGGCCAACCAGGCCAAGACCUCCAUGGAGAACAGCAAGGCCAUCAGCCAGGACAAGACCAUCAAAAACAAGGCAGAGAGGGAGAGGAGAGUUAGAGAGUUGAACAGCAGCAACACCAAAAAGUUCCUGGAAGAAAGGAAAAGGUUGGCUAUGAAGCACCAGAAGGAGAUGGAGACGCUGGAGAAGUCUCAGAAAGAACAGCUAGAGAAACUGGACAAGUUCAAUGAGCAGCUUUUGAAAUCACAUCAUGCCAGUAAACAGUGUCAAGGCCAAAGACAUCCAGCAGAUGGUGAAGCUGGAGGAGGAGAUGGACCGCAGACCAGCCACAGUGGUUUAACCACUCCCACCAACUGAGACACACACACAUAUACACUGCCCAGACCAGCCACAUUAGUUUAACCACUUCCACCAACUGAGACAGACACACACACACUCUGCCCAGACCAGCCACAGUGGUCUGAACACCCCCACCAACACCUAAGACACACACAAACACCCACACAGGCACCGAAUGCUCCCUCAAACAACUGUCGCAGAGACCCAGAAACACUCACACACCCCACUACACACACCCCACUCACACACCACACUACACACACCCCACUACACACACCCCACUACACACACCCCCUAGAUCCCCCGUUUCAUUUCCUCACCUUGCAAUAUUGUCAUAGCUCAUAUCCUCUAUCCCUCUAAAUCUCCCUCAGCAAUGAACCACACCCACACACAGUCAGUCCCCCCCUCCAACUCCCCUGUGCUGUGGAGCCAUUGGUGCAGACCGGUGAUUGACAGUAAGAUGAGCGAAUGCUGUUUGAAGGUGGGUGGGACAUCCAAAACAUUGAGAGACACAUCCCACCUUCACCGUUCCAUUUCUCCACCACUCUACUACACCCGGAUCUGCUUUUUAUAAUCCUCCAUCCAUCUUUUUAAUCUGUUUUUAAUGGAAGCAAUGUUUGCAGAUAUCAAUAGUCACUGUACACAUACACAAAGACACUGAUACACACAAUCGUUAUCACGUCUGUUCUUUCGGUUGUCAUGACGGCUUAAAUCAUGUUUUCUGUUCAAAGUCUUGUAAUACUUUUAUUUUGUAUUUUUAAUGGUACCAGGUAUCAAUAACAGGACCAGAAUAUGGAGGGGGAAAAUACGGAUGUAUUAGUUAUACAUUUUAUGUCAGCACAAAAUAUGUAAAUAAUGCUGUAUGCUACACAAGAGUUGAAGUAAUGUCCUGAGCACUUUAUAUGUGGUAGGCAUAAUGUGGUAGGCUAUCAUAACCCAAGUGAUAGAUUUCUCUGUUUUGAUGUGAAUGUAAACUGAAAAAGGACAAAACGUCAGAUGAGCGCUGUUCGGAGAAAACUAAGCCCAACGUCAGGUAGUCCUAAACACUGCAGCUUGUCCUUCACGCAUAGUUUUGUUUUAUCAAGGGAUAUCUACGAAUUUUUCUCAACUAAAAAAAUAUACAAAAGGCUAAACCAGA